AUGGAGCCUGGGCUCCUCACUGUCGUCCUGGGCGUUGUCAUGGUGCAGGUGCACACAGCCUCCCAGGACCUGGACUUGCAGAAGAUCGCAGGAUUCUGGCGGGAAGUUGGGGUGGCCUCCAGCCAAAACCUGGCACUGAAGACCCCAAAGAGGCUGGAAGCCUUGUUCCUGACCUUGAGUGGACGUGAGCUGACUGUGAAGGUUGCGUAUAACAGCUCAGGAAGUUGUGAGACGGAAAAAAUAGUGGGCUCAGAAAUAGACGUUUCAGGGACAUUUGUUUUUCCUGGCCACAGGGAGAUCCACGUGAUAGACACGGACUACGAGCAGUAUGCCAUUUUGAGGCUGUCCCUCCGCUGGCAAGGCAAGGACUACCAUGUGCUCAAGUAUUUCACUCGGAGCCUGGAGGAUGAAUGCGGACCAGGCUUCCGGAGGUUCCAGGACUUGACUGCAGACAUGGGGCUCUACCUGGUGGCCCGGCACGGGAGAUGCGCCAAGCUCCUGAAGGAGGUGAGCCUUGCCCCGGGCUGCGCUGGGCCCCCCGCCAAGCUGGAAAUAAGCAGACAGACAUGGUUUCUCAUCGCCCUUUCUGUCUCACCUGGAAGGCUGUGUACAUCACAUGCCCUCCGGCACCUGGCGUUUUCCACUUUACGAUACACCUGGAUGUCCUGUCCCUCCACGCUGGUCGAUAGAGACCUGUGGGUUAUGUUUCACAGCCCCGUAGGCCUGUUGUGGGUGCAUCUGUCGUUCAGCCGGUCUCCCGGGUGUGGCCCCGAGCCGACUGUCGACAGCCGCAUCACAAACCGCGCUUUCCUGGCCAAGCCCUGUGUGUCCUACCGCGACUGCCGUCCCAGGCGCUUCCUCACGGGCUGCCGUGACAAAGUACCGGCCCUUAAACACCAGCGGUACAGGCUCUCCCAGAUCUGGAGGCUGGAGUCUGAGGCCAGGCCCAUGCGGGGACCUCCCAAGGCCUCUCUCCUCGGCGUGUAG